AUGAUGGCAACAAAAUUAACUGAUUUAUUAGGAGAACAAAUUCUUCAACAUAAUGAAUCAAAUCUAAUAUCAACAAAUCAACUUGAUGGAAGAACUGUGGCAUUUUAUUUCUCGUCUGUUUAUUAUAUAGCUCAUUGGCGUCCACCUUGUCAAAGCUUUACACCAAGAUUAGCUAAAGCAUUUAAUGAAGCUAAUGAAGAAAUAAAAAAGAAAUUAGAUAUUGUUUUUAUUUCAUUUGAUCAUAAACAAGAAGAUUUUGAUGAACAUUUCAAAGAAAUGCCAUGGAAAGCAUUACCUUUCACUGAUCGUGAUCGUCCGACAAUGUUAGGUGAAAUAUUUAAAGUGGGUAGUAUUCCAUGUUUGGUAGUUUUAUCUCCAUCGAUUGAAGUAAUAACUUUUGAAGGUGUUGAUGAAAUAGAUGGUGAUCCAAAUAAAGCUUUACUUAAAUGGUCUCAAGGAAAAGGUUUAUUUUGGACUCGUGAAGCACGAGGCAAUGAAUAUACAUGGGAAGAUGCUAAUUGUACUGAAUGUUUUAUGAAACCUAUAGUUGGUUCACGAUAUGGUUGUCCAAAUCCUGAAUGUUCAUAUGAUUUAUGUGAAACAUGUUUAUUUUCUGAUAAACAUGAACAUCCUCUCGUUGAAUAUCUUAUACCAAAUCGAAAAUAUUCAUUAGAAACACUUUUAUCACACAUACCUUAUUUACUUGAUCAUAAAAAAACAGAAGAAAAAAUUGAAACAAAAACAAUGUUAAAAAAAGAUAUUAAAAGUAUUGGAUUUUAUUUUUCAGCUCAUUGGUGUACACCUUGUCGUACAUUUACACGAGAAUUAAUUGAAAUUUAUAAAACAGCAGAAAAAAAUUCUCAUCCAUUUCAUAUUAUAUUUAUAUCAUGUGAUAGAGAUCAAGAAUCAUUCAAUAAUUAUCGAUCAGAAAUGCCUUGGUCUGCAGCUCCAAUGAAUUCAGGUUCAGUUCUUAUGAGAUAUUUCCAAUUUUCUGUAAAAGGUAUUCCAUCAUUAAUUGUUGUAUCAUCCGAUGGAACAAUUUUAUCACGUCAUGGUCGUGAUCAUGUUACAAAAUUUGGUGUUAAAGCUCUAGAAACAUGGUCACAAGGUGAAAAAUUACCUCAUCCUCCACCAGAUGAAUAUAUAUGGUCAUAUGUAAAAUGUGAUGGAUGUAAUAUGGCUCCUCUUAUUGGUCAAAGAUAUAUUUGUCCUACCUGUGGCAAUUAUGAACUUUGUUCAGCAUGUGAAAAGAAAGGACAUGAACAUCCACUUGUACUUCAACCUCAACCAGACGAUUGA